CUCAUCUCAUCUUACCUCAACACCAAUCAUCACGUCUCCUCUCCUCUCCUUCCAUUCAUUCCACAAACUCACUGGAUAUAGUAUAUAACAACAGCCACACCCAACCCCGUUUCAUGAAGAACCUCCCGCCCUCCUCACUCAUUUUACACACCACACCCCUAGCAUAGUUCUAGAUACCACAAAACCAAAGACCAUGCCGCCCCACCCCAAUGACGACAGCUACGAGCCCGCCUCAUCCAGCGAUGCCCGCUCGCCCUGCCCGGUGCUCAACAGCCUGGCCAACCACCACCGGCUCCCGCACGACGGCCGCAACAUCACGGCGCCGCAGCUCCGCUCCGCGCUGGGCUCGAUCGGGCUGGGCGCCGACGUCUCCGCGCUGCUGGUGUGGCGGGCCUUCACGAUCCACAGCGACGACGCCGAGUCUGGGCCGCACGGCUCCAUCGGCGGCCUCCGCGACGCCACCGACCUCAACGCCGCGGGGGAGCCGGUCCUGCACCUCGACAAGGUCGGCCGCCCGCACGCCAUCGAGCACGACGUCUCCGUCACGCGCCAGGACCGCGCCCUCGCCGACCCCAUCCCCCUCGACCCCGCCCUCUACGAGCAGUUCCUCGGCUCCACCCCGCGCGGCGGCUUCGGCGUCCCCGAGCUCGGCCGCUACCGGAAGGUGCGGUACGCCGAAUCGCUGAAGAGCAACCCUUCCCUCAAGUUCGGGCGGCGUGAGCACUACAUCGCCUGCGGGGAGUUGGCCGUGCUGCGGUGUUUGUUCGGCGAGGGGGCGGGCAAGGGGAUCCCGAAGAGCUAUUUGCAGGCGCUGUUUGGGGAGGAGCGCUUGCCCUUGGAGGAAGGGUGGAGGCCGAGGCGGUGGGUUAAGGCGUUUCUGCCCGAGGCUGCGGCGGUCAUUCUUGCGAUUUCGAGGUAUGCCUGGCCUUUUUGAA